GCAAUUUGGGAUUUCUAAUGGUUCGAAUGAUUCAGCCUGAUGUGAUGUAUGGGUUAGAUUAGUCUUGGUACAUGCUGCCCAUUGGGGAUAUUCGGCAUAACAUCGCUCUAUGGACCUGUGAACCUGCAAUCGUACACCAAAAUGCUAAAGACACGCUGUUAUCUUAAUCACUAGCGGGAAGGCUGAUAAAUUCACAGUAGCCGAAUCAUCGAAUAAAGGGAACACCUCUCCUCUUCUUCCCCGAACCACCACAAUCCAUUCUUUCCUCCAACAACCAUUCUUUCUUUGAAGCAGACGCCCGUGAAUUGAAAUACCUUCAACAUGCGUUAUCUACAAUGUGUUGCAUUGGCUUUUGCAUCAGCUGCAAUUGCUUCGGCCUCUGAUGUCGCUUCCCUCACCAAGGAAACAUUCCCAGAUUUCAUCAAGGAGAAUGAUUUGGCCCUUCUAGAGUUUUUCGCACCUUGGUGUGGUCACUGCAAAGCAUUGGCCCCUGAGUAUGAAGAAGCUGCUACAACAUUGAAGGAGAAGAAGAUUGCCUUGGCCAAGGUUGAUUGCACAGAAGAAGCCGAUCUCUGCCAAAGCUUUGGCGUUGAGGGUUACCCAACUCUCAAGGUCUUCCGUGGCGCAGAGAAUGUUUCCCCAUAUUCCGGCGCAAGAAAAGCCCCAGCGAUUGUCUCAUACAUGACCAAGCAAUCCCUCCCCGCCGUCUCAGUCUUAACCAAGGAUACAUUGGAGGAUUUCAAGACUGCCGACAAGGUAGUUUUGGUUGCAUACUUCGAUGCUGAGGACAAGACCUCAAACACCACCUUCAACACAGUUGCGGAGAAACUCCGUGACGACUACCUCUUCGGUGCCAGCAAUGAUGCAGCUUUGGCAAAAGCUGAGGGUGUUAGCUUCCCAUCUAUUGUCCUUUACAAGUCAUUCGAUGAGGGCAAAGCUAUCUACCCAGAUGCUUUCGACGCCGAGGUUAUUGAGAAGUUCGCAAAGACUGCGUCCAUCCCAUUGAUUGGCGAAGUUGGCCCAGAAACAUACGCUGGAUACAUGGCCACUGGAAUUCCAUUGGCAUACAUUUUCGCCGAAACCCCAGAGGAGAGAACUACUCUCGCUGAGACUCUUAAGCCAGUCGCAGAGAAGCACCGUGGUGCCAUCAGCUUUGCAACCAUUGACGCAAAGGCUUUCGGAGCUCACGCUGGUAACUUGAACCUUGACGCCGACAAGUUCCCUGCUUUCGCUAUCCAAAGCACUGUCGACAACAAGAAAUAUCCUUUCGAUCAAAGUGUUGAGAUCACUGAAGCUUCCAUUAGCAAGUUCGUCCAACAAUACGUUGACGGAAAGGUUGAGCCAAGCAUCAAGUCUGAGCCAAUCCCAGAGAAGCAAGAAGGCCCAGUUCAAAUCGUCGUUGCUCACAACUACGAUGACAUCGUUUUAGAUGACAAGAAGGAUGUUUUGAUUGAGUUCUACGCUCCAUGGUGUGGACACUGCAAGGCUCUUGCACCAAAAUACGAUAUCCUCGCUGGCCUUUACGCUGAUGCUGGUUACACUGACAAGGUUACCAUCGCUAAGGUCGAUGCUACUCUCAACGAUGUCCCAGAUGAGAUUCAGGGUUUCCCAACCAUCAAGUUGUACAAGGCUGGUAACAAGAAGAACCCAGUUACCUACAACGGUAGCCGUAGCAUCGAAGAUUUGAUUAAGUUCAUUAAGGAGAACGGCCAACAUGAGAUUGAAGUUGCAUAUGAUGAGAACGCCGCUGCUUCCCCAGAGGCAGAGAAGCCAAUUGCUGAGUCUUUGGCCAAGCAAGCAGAAGCCGCCACCGAGUCUGCUAAGAGCGCUGCUGAGGAGGCUAGUGAGACUGUUUCUAGCAAGGUCGCUGAGGCCACCGAGACCGCAGCUGCUACUGAGGAUCAUGACGAGUUGUGAUUUAAUUUCGAAAAAGAAAGUUUGGGUUUCUUCUGUUUCAUGUACCUGUAGCUUAAUCGCAACAGGUAUUGGGGUUGGGGUUCUUUAAAUUGUUAAGGCAAUAACAUUGGAGCAAUACUGGAGCAAAAUGAGAAUUGUUUAUUUGAUUAUCUGAUUUCUCCCCGUGAUAAAAUUAUCGUUUGAAUUAUGUAGAUCUUCCUAUCUUAAUUACCUCGAUAGACACCUAGGUACUUAUUA